GAAAUGCCGAAUGUCAAAAAAUUUGAAUUUGUACCGCUGCAUAAUUUUCUGCUCUGCUCUGAAUUUAUUUAAAUAAUAUCGAAGAAAAAGUAAAACAUGGAUAGUCAAGGUGAUAAAAACGAAGAAGAUACAAAGCUACUCAAAACUAUUGCUGAUAGAGAAGUCUUGGAUGAUCGGGUUCUCGGGGAUCUGGCAUCGCAAAUCCUACAGAAACUGAACAUGAGUUUGGAGGAGGUACGACAAGAAAUUCGAGCACCACUCAAACAGUUAUCAAAAAUUCAAACUGAGCUACAACUUCAAGAAUUAGACCCAAUAUCGGUUUCUCUACACAAAUCUAGGGAAACGUCCAAAAAACUUGAAUACGAAUAUGAAAUUUUAAAACUUAAGCAAGAGAAAAUCAAGUUGCAAGCAAAAUUGGAUCGACAAAACAACGAAUUAGCACAGUAUAUGAAAUUUGUGCAAGAUUCUAUCCAAAAUCUGUUAAAACAAAACCCAAAUCCAGAUAAUAUACAAGAGCAUAUAAGGCAGUCGAAACAGAAAUUGUCAGCAUACGAAGAAAGCUGUGAGACAAUGAUGAAAAAGUAUUUAGGCCUGAAUAUACCGGAAGGGUUUCUACCUAAAUAUCUACAGGAGCAAGUUGCAGAGGUUGAAUCGCGCAGCCGAGCGCUGGUCAUGUUCAAAGCGCAGGCAGACGACGUUGUAUUCAUGAGGGAAACUAAAGCUAUGCUGACUAAGCUACGGAAAUAACUCGUUUUAUAUAUCA